AUGGCUUCGACCAAGGACUGUGCUUGUGCUGGUGCUGGUGCUGGUGUCGUUGUGUUGUUCCCACUCAUGGCUCAUGGUCAUAUGAAUCCUUGCCUCUAUCUAGCACGCCUUCUCUCCACACGAUAUCCUUCCCUUUCCUUCAUCCUCCUCACCACCAGCGGCAACUUACCUCACCUCUCCCGCUGCCAGCUCCCCCUGAACAUCCGAGCCGUCGGCCUCCCCUUCCACCCCGCUGAUCACGACCUCCCCCCUGACGCAGACACCACCUUCGCCCUCCCUCAGAACCUCGUCACCCGCUUCAACCACGCCGUCCAGGACUCCCUCCCCACCCCCUUCCGCGACUACCUCGCCACCCUCCUCGCCGCCGACUCUCCCCUGCUCUGCCUCAUCGCCGACAUGUUUCUCGCCUGGACUGCUCCCAUUGCAGAGGAGCUCGGCGUCUUCCAUGCCACCUUCUACUCCUCCGGUCCAUACGCCAUGUCCAUAUAUAAUUCCAUAUGGAUCAACCUCCCCCACGCUGAUGGCCGCGACGGCGACGGAGACGAGAUCGCCGUCCCAGGAGUGCCCGGCGUCACUGUGCUCCGCCGCCAGUUGGCGCCCAACAUGCGCGCCGCUGAGUCGAUGCCGGACCACCCCAACUGCCGGUUCGUGCGCCGUCAGGCGGAGUGCUACCGCCAUUCUCGCGCCUUUCUGUGGAACACUGCGGAGGCCAUCGAGAAACCCUUCCUCGACUUGUGGGCCAAGUCGAACGGGAAACCGGUCUUCGCUGUGGGUCCUCUGUUCGCCGCCGCCGGGGGUCGAGGCACGGUCGUGGACAACAGAGACGUCGCUGCGGAGUGUCUCGCGUGGCUCGACCGCCACUCUCCCCGGUCAGUGGUGUACGUAUCGUUUGGAUCGCAGAACUGGCUGACACCGGAAGAGGCGGCUGAGUUGGCGGCCGCGUUGGAAAGGAAGGCUAGGCCGUUUCUUUGGGCUGCACCAGCGGUGAACCAAGCCCCGCCACAUGCGGCGAGGAGACAGGGGAUUAGUAUGGUGGCGCGCGGGUGGGUCCCACAGACGGCGAUCCUGGGGCACCCAGCUGUGGGAGCGUUCGUGAGCCACGGUGGCUGGAACUCGACUCUGGAGAGCCUCGGGUUCGGGGUUCCCGUGGUGUUCCGGCCGAUAGGAGCGGAGCAGUUCUGCAACGAGAAACUUGUCGUCGAAGUGCUUGGGGCGGGGGCGGCGACCGCGGGGAGAGCUGCGGAGACAGCUGAGGUGCUGGAGGAAGUGAUGGGGGACGGGGAACGGGGCAGAGAGGUGAGGCGCAGGAGCAAGGAGAUCGCGGCAGCACUAGCGGCGGCCGUAGCGGAUGGGAAUGACGGUGGUGAUGGCGUCGGCGAGUCGCUGCGUGCGUUGGAUGAGUUCAUGAGCUUGGUCAGCGGUCGACGUUGA